GACAGAUGUGGGCAGCAGCCCUUGGAGAAGGAAAGUGGCCAUCCAAGAGCCCCACGGCCGGUGGGGAUUAGAGCCCAUGUCUUCAGGCGCACCUCCCACCCCAUCACUGCUGCCCAUCUGCAGAGGCACCCCGAGGGCCACACGCUGUAAGCCUGGGGUCCCAGGGGUCCGGCUGCGGAGCCCCCGUACGGAGGCCGGUGGGCCAGGCGUUGGUCCCAGCGCCACCUCGCUUUACCAGCACAGCCAUGAACUACGUGGGGCAGCUGGCGGAGACUUUGUUUGGGACGGUGAAGGGGCUGUACCGGGGCCUGAACCCGGCCAUGCUGAGCGGGGGCAUCGAUGUGCUGGUGGUGAGGCAGGCAGACGGCUCCUUCCGGUGCUCGCCCUUCCACGUGCGCUUCGGCAAGCUGGGCGUCCUGCACUCGCGGGAGAAGGUGGUAGACAUCGAGAUCAAUGGGGAGCCAGUGGACUUACACAUGAAGCUGGGGGACAGCGGGGAGGCCUUCUUCAUCCAGGAGCUGGAGAGCGAUGUGGAAGACAUGCCUCCCCACCUGUGCACAUCACCCAUCCCUUGGGGGGGCCUGUCUGGGUUCCCUUCGGACUCCCAGCUGGGCACAGCCAGCGAACUUGAGGCCAGCAUCACGGGCACAGCCCCCACGGGGUGGAAGAAGAAGCGUCGCAGGAGGAAACCCAGGCGGAAGGAGGACACGGUGGCAGCCGAUUCUAGUUCAGAGGAGCUGGAGGCAGGCACUGGGAGUGAGCUAUCACUGCUGGAAAAGCCGAGGCCGGAGCCCCCAGGCAGUGUCCAGCCAGAAGGAGAGUCCUCACCGCAGCCGAAAGACAUCUACCCCUACUCCGAUGGAGAGUGGCCCCUCCAGGCCAGCCUCUCAACGGGUGGGCUAACAUCCCCCAAGAGUGACUCGGAGCUGGAGCUGCGGAUCCCCGAACCCAUCCCCCUGAGAGCUGAGUCCCACAUGCAGUGGGCCUGGGGGAGGCUGCCUAAGGCGGGCAAAGCUGAGUGGCCCAAGUCCUCAGUGGUCCCGGAUGGCAGCUCCAAGACAGCCUCUCCACCUCAGGGGGCACCCAGCACCCCCUCUGCCUCUGUGGUUGGCGUGGACCCUUCGGGAAUUCCAAUCCUGCAAACAGGGCCUGGCACCCACCUUCUUCACCCUGACGUGGAGUUGCCUGUUUUGGUGGGUCCCCCUCUCCAACCCCCUGAGAGAGAGGAAACCAAGACUCAGAGUUCUGGGGAUGUGGGCCUCCCUCCUCCCUCUAAGUCAUGGAGCUGGGCUGCUUUGGAGGCCCCCACUUGUACAGGGCAGCCGGAGGGCAUCUCCAGGAGGAAAGGCUCCCUGAAGAGAAGCCAGCACCUGGGCCCCAGUGAAAUCUACCUGGAUGAUUUGCCCUCCCUGGAUUCUGAGAAUGCAGCCCUUUACUUCCCCCAGAGCGACUGUGGGCUGGGGCCCAGGAAGUGGAGUGAAGCCGGAAGCCAAAAGUCUCUGGGGGGCUGCAAUCCUGAGCGGGAGCCAGAGCCCACUCCGGACACAGCAGACACAGUAGUGCUGUCCCUCUCUGGGGGCCUGGCUGACAGCGGAGAUAUCUCUGUGGAGAAGUUCAACCAGCACAUCGUCUCCUACCAGGACCUCGCCCAAAACCCCGGCCUCCUGGACGACCCGAACCUGGUGGUGAAGAUCAAUGAGAAGCACUACAACUGGGCUGUAGCCGCCUCCAUGAUCCUCUCCCUGCAAGCCUUCCAGAAAAACUUGCCCGAGAGCACCGUGGACAAGCUGGAGAAGGAAAAGAUGCCCCGGAAGGGAGGGCGGUGGUGGUUUUCCUGGUGAUGCAGGGACUUUCCGGCCAAGGAGUGCAGUGCCCGGAGGGAGAAAGCCACAGUGCAGCAGCAGCAGCAGCUGGGGGAGAAGACCGAAGCCCCGAGCAGUGAGGACGAGGCCCCCUCCCCGCGCCCCUCGCCUCCAGCCCACACUCCUACCUACAAGAAGUCUCUCCGCCUCUCCUCCAAUCAGAUUCGGCGCCUGAACCUGCAAGAAGGUGCCAACAAGGUGGUCUUCAGCGUGACCACCCAGUACCAGGGCACCUGCCGCUGUAGGGCCACCAUCUACCUGUGGAAAUGGGACGACAGGAUGAUCAUCUCAGACAUCGAUGGCACCAUCACCAAGUCGGAUGCCCUAGGCCACAUUCUGCCCCAGCUGGGGAAAGACUGGACACAUCAGGGCAUCACUAGUCUCUACCACAAAAUCCACCUAAAUGGGUACAAGUUCCUGUACUGCUCGGCACGGGCCAUCGGCAUGGCUGACCUCACCAAGGGGUACCUGCAGUGGGUGAGCAAGCGGGGCUGUGGCCUCCCCGAGGGCCCCAUCCUGCUGUCUCCCAGCAGCCUGUUCUCCGCCCUGCACAGGGAGGUGAUUGAGAAGAAACCGGAGGUGUUCAAGAUUGCCUGCCUGCGUGACAUCCAGCAGCUCUUUCUGCCCCAGGAACAGCCCUUCUAUGCCGCCUUUGGGAACAGGCCCAAUGAUGUCACUGCCUACCGGCAGGUCGGCCUGCCUACAUCCCGCAUCUUCACAGUCAACGCCCGGGGAGAGCUCAGCCAGGAGCUCAUGAAGAAUCACAAGUCCACGUACGAACGGCUCAGUGAGGUGGCUGAACUCCUCUUCCCACCUGUGGCCCGUGGCCCCAGCACAGACUUGGCCUGCCCUGAAUACAGCAACUUCUGCUACUGGCGGGAGCCACUGGCCCCUGUGGACCUCGACAUCUUGGCCUGAAUGAGCCCUGGCUGCUCCCCAGAACUGUGUCCCAGGGCAUGGGGGUUGGAAGUUGGAUGCUGCAGGGCCAACCCACUGAAGGGGAGGAGGGGGCUGCAGGCUAGUUGUGGCCUCUCCUGUCCCCUGCCUUUGCUAGCUGGGCCGUGCUACGGGCCUCAGCGUGGCCCUGCCCUGUAGCCAUUAAGUGACUGGGUCCUUGCAGCGUUCUCCAUAGCCUUGAUAUCUGUCCCUGUCACCCUGGGACCCUGCCUCAGCUGAUAGGACAGAGAUAAGAGGGAAGGCCCCUACGAGGCUUGAGACCUGUAAGCCCAGGAAAGGGUUGGUGGCAGCCAACAAUCAGGGAAAAAAUCUUCCCCCGACCCACUUCAGGGAGCCUGGACCGUACCCUCUGAAGCUAGACCCUACAUAGCCCUGGCCCCUUCCCAUAGCUCUGGAGCCAGACAUCACUGCUCUCCCACGCUGGUGCCCUGAUUAUCUCAGCACAUCCCAACCCCAGAUACUCUAUGGCCCCUCCAACAUCUGGGAAGGGGGGGGAUCCCAGGGCAGUGCCAGGGCUGAGGGGGUGUGGCUCCCACUUGGCUUAGUACACACCCAGCUACCAUCCCUGGCCCUCCCCACACCUCCGCUGAGGACA